GCCAGAAAGAGGAACCGCCACAGUCUGUAGUGGAUAAACCGUCCUGUAACCUUCAUUUUUAAACAUCCGAAGAUGCUUCACACUGUCCUCUGAGGAAUGAGGAUCGAUACUAAGAAAAAAAAAUUACUGUCACGUCUUGCCUUAAAUGAUUCUAGCGACCAGAGUCUGAUUUUAAUUCGGACAUUUCACAGGCAGCUGAAUGGAGCAGCAGCAGCGGGAUCUCUUUAGCUUCACCCCGGCCCGGUCGGCAGGCUGCGGGGUUGGAAUCGCCACCGCUCAGUCCACCAUGCGUUUGUCCAUCACCUCGACCACCGGCAGCCCGGUGGAGCUCACUGUCCCCCGAGUAGAGACUGUGGAGGGACUGAGGACACGGAUCUCCCAAAAACUCAGACUGCAAACAGACAGAAUCCUGCUCCUGCAUAGAGACAGGCAGCUGACUGCUGGAAAACUGACGGACCUGGGUGUAGCAGAUGGCAGCAAACUGACUCUGGUCCCUGUCAUAGAAGCUGGUUUAGUGUGCUCGACUGCCAGAGCUGAGAGGACUGUGAUGGACGUUUUGGAAAGUUUAACAGAAGUUCAGAUCAGUGAGUUCCUGUCUGGGCACUCACCUCUGACCAUUAACCUGGGAAUCGGUGCUCACAUGAUGUAUGUGCAGCUCCAGCUGUCUGCGCAGGAUGUGAAGGAGCUGCAGCAGGAUGGUGAUGUGAGAGUCCGGAGCAGCAGCGAGCUUCAGACUGGCCUGCCGACAGCUGGCAGUGUGAGCCACCCUGGCUCGGCCUCAGCCUGCUCUUCUACCAGCACCGCGGGCUCCACUACCUCACUCCCUGCUUCCCAAACCUCCAUCCCUUCCCCAGACAAUGCUGACUCUACAUCCCCGAUCCAACUUGACCCUCAAAGACCCAGAACUUCCUUUAGCUCAACACCUCCCACCCCCCACUCAUCCAGCACUGUCCCUGCUGUUACCCAUCAUCACCACUCAUCUCUACCUCAAACCUGUCACCCUAUACACACACCUCCCCCUGUUCUUUCAACCACGUCUUUGCCCUCUGGCUGUCCACACCCCAGCUGUCCACUACAAGCAGCCACACCAGUCUGUUCACCUGCUCCCGCCGGCUCCAGUCCUGGACCCCCGAGUCCAGUACCAGCCUCAACCUUCGAAAAGAGUAAUGUUCAUGCUGCACCCACUGCAGAGCUGUGCAAGCAGCCGGGAGCAGUCAUAGAAAGCUUUGUGAGCCACUCUCCGGGCAUCUUCUCCGGGACUUUCUCUGGCACUUUGGCUCCUCACAGUCAGAACAGCAUCAGUCACCCUCGACGUGGCAUCGCCAUCAUUCUCCAGAUUCUCAAUGACCUCCUCAGAGCUGCCUACUCCCACCAGGGGGCACCACCCACCCUUCCUCAACACUGUCCUGCUUUAAACCUUCCAGUCAGCCCAGUGGUUGCAGCAGAGGAGCCCAGCAAAGCAAGAAGCAAACCACCAGUGACCCAGAGGGCAGAGCAUUUCAGUAAAGCUUCAGGUGAGGAGACUCACCCCCUCCGCUCAUCCACAGAGGAGGAUCAAACCUUGCAGUGUAAGCUCGAGCGCCUCCAGUUUUUGAUGCAUCAGCGGCGCCUUCGCAGGCGGACUCGCAGGAGCUCACACCUCUCACAAACGUCUCACCCGUACCAACAUCGUCACCAUCGUCCCUAGCCUCCUGAUCAGAGAAGAUCCACUCACUGUGACAGCGGUGGCAGCUUCCCUGAAGAAUAGAAGGAACCAUGAUGGAAACCAGAAUCAACCACCUCUGUGGAACAGGUGAAGUAACAGCGGAGUGCACUCUGGGCCCGCUGAAGGGAUCCGAGAGGGAGACGAUUUGUUGCCAUUUUCUGGAGAAUGUAAGAUCUGAGGACUCUAAUUCCUGUGGUUGUCAUUGCACUAAGCAUGUUAUUCCAUCUAAGUCCAUCUUUCUGUGACAGUGGCUCUCAUUGCUAUGUAGCAUAUGUCACAAAAGAUUCCAGUGUCUGUUUUCAUGUUAUACGUCUUGGUGUUUUGUACAAAGACCUCUUACUGUAUUUGUUUGUUUAUGUAUUCAAUGCCUUAACUAUACAUGUCUUGAAUGUAAAGUCUAUGUUCUGAUCUGUGCAGAGGAUGUUUCACUUAUGCAAUAGUAAGAUGUAAACACAAAGAAGGAGAAAAUAUGCAAAGAAUAAAGGAAAAAAUGGAAAAACCUGGA